AUCAGAACACGACAGCACUGCGUGAUUACCCUAACUUAUUGCGAAAGCCACGUCUUCGACAGGCAGUGUCUUCAGAAGAGAGACUGUGACAAGAGUUCGGUUUAGAAAAAAAAGUACUGUUGUUUGCGAUGUUGCUCAAAUAUUUUACCUUUCUUUUCUUGAUCUCAACUAUCGUCUUGGCCGAAGAGAAAGAUGUGGUGGAGCUUACCGACGAUUCUUUUAGACACGAAAUAAAUCAGCUUGAGAAUACGCUUGUUAUGUUUUACGCACCGUGGUGUGGUCAUUGCAAACGAUUGAAACCAGAAUAUGCAAAAGCUGCUGAAAUGCUGUUGGGUAAUGAUCCUCCAAUUACUCUUGCCAAAGUAGAUUGUACAGAAAGUGGGAAGGAGAUUUGCAACAAAUAUUCAAUCAAUGGUUAUCCAACAUUGAAAAUCUAUUCCAGAGGUGACUUUGUUGCCGAUUACAAUGGACCUCGAGAAGCUGCUGGUAUUGCCAAAUAUAUGAAGGCACAAGUUGGUCCAGCAUCUAAAGAAUUACAAGGAGAAAGUUAUUUGAAAUCAUUCUUAGACACAGAUGAAGUAAGUGUUGUAGGUUUCUUUGAAAAGGAGGAUUCACCUUUAGCAAUAUCUUAUCAUGCUGUUUCUAAGAAACUUAAAGAAAAAAUCAGAUUUGCACAUACAACAACUAAAUCACUCUUGGAGAAAGAAGGACAUAAGAAUGUCAUUGUUCUAUAUAGACCAAAAAUUCUACAAAACAAGUUUGAACCAAACACGGUAAAAUAUGAUGAAUCUAUGGGUGAUCUUCUAGAAUUCAUUAAUAAAAAUUAUUUUGGUAUUGCUGGCGUUCGUACGCGGGAUAACGCAGGAGAAUUUAAAAAUCCAUUAGUUGUUGCAUACUAUGCAGUGGAUUAUGUCAAAAAUCCUAAGGGUACAAAUUACUGGCGUAAUAGAAUUAUUAAAGUUGCUAAAGACUUCCCUAACUUAAAUUUUGCCAUUUCUUCCAAAGACGACUUCCAACAUGAAUUAAAUGAUUUUGGAAUUGAUUUUGUCAAGGGUGAUAAACCUGUUAUUUUAGCAAGAAACAGUAACAAUCAAAAAUUCGUUAUGAAGGAUGAAUUUUCUGUUGAUACAUUUGAAGCAUUCUUGAAAGAUCUAGAAGUUGAUAUUUUAGAACCAUAUCUGAAAUCUGAACCAAUCCCCGAAGAUAACACUGGAAAUGUUAAAGUUGCAGUGGCCCGAAACUUUGAUGAAGUUGUUACAAACAAUGACAAGGAUACGUUGAUUGAGUUUUAUGCUCCUUGGUGUGGCCAUUGCAAAAAAUUAGCACCUAUUUACGAUGAAUUAGGUGAAAAACUUGCGAACGAAGAUGUUGAAAUUGUAAAAUUUGAUGCUACCGCUAAUGAUGUUCCUGCUCCAUAUGAAGUUCGAGGAUUCCCAACACUUUAUUGGGCGCCUAAAAAUUCCAAGAAUAGUCCAGUAAAAUAUGAAGGUGGCAGAGAACUUGAUGAUUUUAUCAAAUACAUUGCUAAACACGCGACCAAUGAGUUAAAAGAAUUUGAUCGCAAGGGAAAGACUGUUAAGCCGAAAAGUGAUGAAUUGUAAAUUUUUUCACAUUGAAAUAUGGAGUUGUUUAUUACAGUUUUUAUAUAUCUCUCAGCAGCAGAAUCUGAAGUGAAAUUUUUCUUGUGCGACUUAUAAGUGUGACAAAAGUGGCAUGUAGUUGAAAACACAAAAGCUAAAAAUUUUUCUAGUAUCAAAGACAGAUGUGAAUGAAAGAAAUUAAAGACCUUUAAUGUAACAUGACUGCAUUUAUUUUACAAAGUAUUUGAAAAAUAAAGUGAAAAGGUAUAAUUAGAAUAGGAUUGUCUGUGUGUAUUAAGUAACUUUAUAAUGUUGUAUAUCAUGUAAAACUACGCAGAACUGAUUUAGAACUAUGAUGUUAAUAUUUUCCAGAUUUAGCGAAUUAUGUUUAAGAUUCAAUUUUUCAUUCCAUUUUCCAUAUUUGACUAUAUGAAGUAAAAAUUAAUACAUUACUUUUUUAUUUAUAUUAAAAGUAAAAUAAAUCGUUUUGUAUA